CGGCCCCGCCCCGCCCCGCCGCGCCGAUCAGCUGCGCGCGCGUCACGUGGGCGCGUGUCGAAGGUCACGGCGCCCACAAUGGAGCUGUCGCCGUACGCGCAGGGCGGGUGGCGGCUGCUGGGUGACCCCCGCCGCUUCCCCUGCCGUCCGUACGCCGCGCUGCUCCGCGCCGCCUUCCGCAGCCUCCUGGAGCACCCGCAUGCCGGGCUGGACGAUCCAGACCUGAAAGAUAUUGACCCUACGGUAUUAAAACAUUGCCAUGCUGCGGCUGCAACGUGUAUUCUGGAGGCAGGAAAGCAGAAAGCCGACAUAUCAGCUAUAAGCACGUGUCUAGAAGACUGUAAACUGGAUAAAGAGAGAAUAGAACAAUUUUGCACCGAAUAUCAGAAAAACAAGGAUGCAUUGGAAAUCCUGUUGGGAAGCAUAGGCAGAUCUCCUCUCCAUAUAACUGAUGUGUCUUGGCGCUUGGAAUAUCAGAUCAAGAGCAAUCAACUUCAUAAAACUUACCAGCCUUCCUACUUGGUGACCUUAAAUGUAGAGAACAGUGAUUCAGGAUCACACCCAGAUGUUAGUUUUAGUUGCACGAUGGAACAAUUACAGAGAAAUGAUUAAAGAAGCUGGUUCAAUAAUUUAAAAGUGUCAUGAUUAAAAAUAAAGAACGAACUGAAGACUCUUCAGUGGUGUUAGUGACAUGUAAGAAAUGUACUGAAACAAACAUUGAUCUUUGUUUAGCGAUUUAAAUGUGUAACUGAACAAUAGAGGUAUUGUAGUGCUUGGAAGUGACCAAACUGUGGAGGAUUGGGAAGAGGGGCUGGGGGGAAGAAAAAAAGCAAGAUAUUAACACUUCAGGUUUUCAACUCCCCUUUUUAAUGUGUGUCACAAAAGUUGCCCUUUUCAUUCUAAUGAGCGUUUUAAAUGUUUGCUGACUUAGUUAAAUCUGACAUGCUUUGGCUGGAGAAUGGUUCUAAUAUGAAAUUGCACUCAAAAUAUUUUCAGUGUUUAGAAAGGUAUACAGUGCUUUGUUGGCCAUUGUAACAAUACCAAUAAAAUCUACGUGUUAAGAAUAGUGAUCUAUUUUAGUAGAUAAUAUAUGUUAAAAGGUGUUUUUCUUCACUUCCUACUUUUCUUACUAUGUUGUAAAAUGGGAAGCUCUUUAAUUACUUUGCUGGCAUUGUUCAUCAAUUGCAAAAUUUCUUUGUGGUAUAAGGUGCCAGUUUCCCCUGUCUCUCUGCAUACAAAAAAUAUUAUGUGCCUUUAGCUGACCUUUACAAAAUAUGUUUAUUCUAAGACAGCAUUUCAUCUCUUAGGAUUUAGUUGGAAAACUGAAAGAUGCUGCAAAAAGUCUAGAGAGAGCGACGCAGUUGUGAUUGAAGGUGUCAGCCUGCUGAGCUGAAGGACUCUCAUUCUUGAGUGUCUUCUAAAUGACAAAUGUCUUUCAUUUCUUGAUGCAAAUAUUUUUUUUAAGUCCUUGGAUGCAAAUUAAGUGAAAUAACUGAUUUUUAUGACCGCACUUGGUAUUUCUUGCUUGUGUCUUUUUUUUUAAUGAACUUCUUAAAAUAUUUGCUUAACUGUAAUGUCUUCCAAGCAUUCCUUCUGUUUUAUUUUGUGUAUUUUUAGAAUUGUCACUGAUUAUUUUUCUUUGGGAUCUAAUAAAGUUUAUUCGCUCCUGUUCUGCAA